GCAGCCAUUGCCAUUCGUGAGCUAGAACAACAAACAUGUCGAGUCGCCUCCCAACGCGACGCGUCCUCCGCUACGUGUAUUCAGUGGAGCCAUGCAUGUACUAGCACCAGUAUGGCAGUGAUCAGAGCGAACAUUCACUACCCCUCUACCCCUCCAACGCCAUGACAUCUACGCAGCUCCCUCGAAGCCCCUAUCACCAACACUACAACCCACACCCUCUACACCACCAUCUGAACCGCCCCCCAAGAUGUCGUACCGCCGCAAAAAGAGCCUCCUAAUCGGCAUAAACUACGUGGGCUCUGCCCACGAACUACGCGGCUGCCACUCAGACGUCGACAACAUGGCGGAAUUCCUCUCCUACCACGGCUACAGCAACACGCACAAAGACCGUGUAAUGCUGACGGACAACCCCGCCGUCUCCCAAGACUCGCCCUACUACCCGACCGGCCACAACCUGCUCGCCGCCAUGGACUGGCUCGUCUCAGAGCCCGGAUGCACGCUAUUCCUGCACUACUCAGGGCACGGCGGGCAGAUCGCAGAUGUAGACGGCAACCGCGAGACCGGCGUAGACAGCAGCAUCGUGCCCGUCGACUUCGAGACCCGCGGGCAAAUCAGCAGCACGCUCCUGCACGAGCACCUCGUCACACGCAUGGCGCCAGACUGCACGCUCUUCAUCCUGCUCGACUGCUGCCACUCGGGCUCCGCCGUCGAGCUCCCCUACGUCUUCCGCUCCGACGCCGACGGCCAGAUCAGCCUGAUGGACAACCUGAAAGUCGGGGCGCAGCUGUUCGGCGAGGCCCAGGGUAUUAUCUCCGGCGGCUUCUCGUACCGCAAGAUCGGCGAGGCGCAGACGCUGCUCGCGGGCGCGAGUACGUUUUUCAAGGGCCUGCGCCAUAUGAGCGAGCAGGAGGAGGAGGAGGGGCUGCAGGGCGGCGAGUUUGCGGGCCAGUACGGCAGCGAGCAGAAGAUGGUUACUAUGUUCAGUGGGUGUAAGGAUGAUCAGACGAGUGCCGAUGCGAGGAUUCAGGGGAAUGCUACGGGGGCCAUGACGUGGGCGUUUCUUGAGACGAUGAAGAGGAAUAGUGCGCCGACGUAUGCGCAGACGCUUCAAUUGACACGCCAACUCCUUGACCAGAGCAAGUACACGCAGAUCCCACAACUGAGCUCCGGGCUGGACAUCGAUCUGGAGAACCUCUCGCUGGUGCUGUAAAUCCCAAUGUUGACUCACAAGCACAAUCUCAAUGGGGCACCAUGGCAUGUUAGCGAAUAUUCUGUAGUAUAUACUCCAUGCCAGACGGUAAGGCUAGAAGAAAAGGAAAAAUCAAAAUAAAGAUAAAGAUGAAAUUAGAUCACACUUUUGCAUACAUUAUUACUAUUACUACUACUACUACUACUACUACUAC